UCCCCGCCCCGCACUCGCCCCCGCGCCCCCCGAGCCGCUUCCCUGCCGGACCCGGACCCGGGGCUCACGGGCGGCAUGCCUCCGGGAGAGGGGGGCUUGGACAGAUCUGGGGGGGGCAGAGACUGAGUGAGCGGCGGACCGAGCCCGGGAGGCUGGGACCGAGGAGGGGGAGGGAGGCCCGGAGGGAAGGAGGGAGGGAAGGAGGAGGGCGGGCGAGCUGGAGCCGGCGGGCGGCGGGAGCCCGGGCGAGCCGCGUCGGGAGUGCGGUCUCCAUGGCAGUGCCGGGCGCAGCCAGAGUUUGUCCAGGUGGCUGAGCCUUACCCCCACACCCCUUGGGGUGCCCAGAAGAUCCCAGGCUGGUCAAGAACCAGAGGAAGAAGAGAACUGGAAGUCCCGGCAUGGGGACCAGAGCUCCUCAGCCAGCCUCAUAGUUGGGAAAGCAGUCAGCUUGCUCCUCCCGCUCCUCCUCCCCCUCCCCCUCCCCCUUCCCCUCAAUUACAGGGAUACUUCAGGAAGGGCCCCACCCAGUAUGGAGGCUGAGGAUCACCUCUGCUGACCCUCAGUCUCCUCCCCUGCCCUCCACACCUGACUUUAGCUGGGUCGGUCAUGCAAUGCUGAGCAGGAAGGUAGGCCUAGCCGUGGCCUGCUUCACUACAGGGCAAGGAUUGUACGCAUAAUGGGUGUGUGUGUGAGUGGGGCUCCAGGGUGAGACCUAGCCCCCACCCCCAGGAGUUCAAGGGGGGGUGGGGGGACCGAGGAUAGGAUGGCUCGGGGCGGGGCAGGGGCAGAGGAGGCCUCCCUGCGCUCAAACGCAUUGUCCUGGCUGGCCUGUGGGCUCCUGGCCCUGCUGGCCAACGCCUGGAUCAUCCUCAGCAUCUCGGCCAAGCAGCAAAAGCACAAGCCGCUGGAGUUACUGCUCUGCUUCCUGGCGGGCACACACAUACUCAUGGCGGCUGUGCCCCUCACCACCUUCGCCGUGGUGCAGCUACGGCGGCAGGCUUCUUCUGACUAUGACUGGAACGAGAGCAUCUGCAAGGUCUUUGUGUCCACCUACUACACACUGGCCCUGGCCACCUGCUUCACGGUCGCCUCGCUCUCCUACCAUCGCAUGUGGAUGGUGCGCUGGCCCGUCAACUACCGCCUCAGCAACGCCAAGAAGCAGGCGCUGCAUGCUGUCAUGGGCAUCUGGAUGGUCAGCUUCAUCCUCUCCACGCUGCCCUCCAUCGGCUGGCACAACAACGGCGAGCGGUACUACGCCCGUGGCUGCCAGUUCAUAGUCUCCAAGAUUGGCCUGGGCUUUGGCGUCUGCUUCAGCCUCUUGCUCCUUGGGGGCAUUGUCAUGGGGCUGGUCUGUGUGGCCAUCACCUUCUACCAGACGUUGUGGGCCCGGCCCCGGAGGGCUCGGCUGGCCCGGAGAGCGGGGGUUGGGGGUGGGGCCAAGGGGGGUGGGCCAGGGGGUUUGGGUACCCGGCCAGCUUUUGAGGUGCCAGCCAUUGUGGUGGAGGAUGCCAGAGGCAAGCGGCGGUCCUCGCUGGACGGCUCUGAGUCGGCCAAGACAUCCCUGCAGGUCACCAACUUGGUCAGCGCCAUCGUCUUUCUCUAUGACUCACUCACAGGGGUGCCCAUCUUGGUGGUGAGCUUCUUCUCCCUUAAGUCGGACUCGGCUCCGCCGUGGAUGGUGCUGGCUGUGCUGUGGUGCUCCAUGGCGCAGACGCUGCUGCUGCCCUCCUUCAUCUGGUCCUGCGAGCGCUACCGUGCCGACGUGCGCACUGUGUGGGAGCAGUGCGUGGCCAUCAUGUCGGAGGAGGAUGGCGACGACGAUGGCGGCUGUGAUGACUAUGCAGAUGGCCGAGUGUGCAAAGUUCGUUUUGAUGCUAAUGGUGCCACAGGACCAGGGGGCAGGGACCCCACCCAGGUGAAGCUAUUGCCUGGAAGGCACAUGCUGUUUCCCCCUCUUGAGAGGGUCCACUACUUACAGGUCCCCCUGUCCCGCCGUCUGUCCCAUGAUGAGACCAACAUCUUCUCUACACCUCGGGCACCAGGCUCCAUCCUACAUAAGUGGUCAUCCUCUGAUGACAUCCGGGUCCUCCCAGCCCAGAGCCGAGCCCUGGGGGGCCCUCCUGAGUACCUGGGACGAAGACAAAGGCUGGAGGAUGAGGAGGAUGAGGAGGAAGCUGAAGGUGGGGUGGCCAGCCUUCGCCAGUUCCUGGAGGGUGGGAUGUUGGGGUCAGGUGGGGGACCCCCACGGGGUCCUGGCUUCUUCCGGGAAGAGAUCACCACCUUCAUUGAUGAGACACCUCUGCCUUCUCCAACUGCUUCGCCGGGGCCCUCUCCUCGCCGGCCCAGGCCCCUGGGCCUCUCACCCCGCAGGCUUUCCCUUGGGUCCCCUGACAGCAGAGCCGCUGGACUUCCUUUGGGCUUAAGUGCAGGGAGACGCUGCUCCCUGACAGGAGGUGAGGGGAGUGCAAGACCUUGGGGAGGAUCCUGGGGCCCAGGUAAUCCCAUUUUCCCCCAGCUGACGCUGUGAGCCCAAGUGGGCCUGCAGGACUCAGAUGAGGGGCCCUGAGUAUCACCUGUUCUGGCCCUGAGCCUAGGGCAGCUGCCUCCAGACUCCGGGGAGAUGGGCGCUGGAUCUGGGGCCCGGAGCCCCCGCUGUCUCCUAUCUCGAUGACCAGAGAUGUCCUACUCACCUUCCAUCAUCCUUAGCAAAUUGUAUUAAAGCCUGAAGUGUUGCCAUGGAAA